AUGGCUCAUCACUGAUCAGUAGUAGUGUUGGCUAGCUAGCCUGCUUGCUUGCUUUACAAACUCCAUCCGUCCAGAGAUGGGGAAGCGUUCUUCAGCAAGUCUCUGGAUCUUGGUCUUCUUCAUCAGCUUGGCCACUUCGCUCGCUAUUACCCUUGAUUGUCCCGAUUGUCCAUAUCCCGUUCCUCACAAGCCCCCAAAACACCCUAUUAUCCCUAAACCACCGCCCUGUCCGCCACCCAAACCUCCGGUGGUCAAGCCUCCGUACCACCCCAAACCACCGUAUCAUCCCAAGCCACCAUUUCAUCCCAGACCCCCCGUCGUGAAGCCGCCGUAUCAUCCCAAACCUCCAGUGGUAAAGCCGCCGUAUCAUCCCAAACCGCCGGUGGUGAAACCGCCGUAUCAUCCCAAACCUCCGGUGAUUAAGCCGCCGUAUCAUCCCAAACCUCCGGUGGUGCAUCCACCGUUUUACCCGAAACCACCGGUGGUUAAGCCGCCGUAUCAUCCCAAACCGCCGGUGGUGAAACCGCCGUAUCAUCCCAAACCUCCGGUGGUUAAGCCGCCGUAUCAUCCCAAGCCGCCGUAUCAUCCCAAACCGCCGUAUCAUCCCAAACCUCCGGUGGUUAAGCCGCCGUAUCAUCCCAAGCCGCCGUAUCAUCCCAAACCGCCGUAUUAUCCCAAACCUCCGGUGGUGCAUCCGCCGUAUCAUCCCAAACCGCCGUAUUAUCCCAAACCUCCGGUGGUGCAUCCGCCGUUUUUCCCGAAACCGCCGGUACAGCCGCCAUACACACCCAAACCACCAGUACUACCACCAUAUGUCCCGAAACCGCCGGUUGUAAACCCACCGUACGUACCCAAGCCACCUUUCACACCUAAACCUCCGGUGGUGCAUCCGCCGUUUUUCCCGAAACCGCCGGUACAUCCGCCAUACACACCCAAACCACCAGUACUACCACCAUAUGUCCCGAAACCGCCGGUUGUAAACCCACCGUACGUACCCAAGCCACCUUUCACACCUAAACCUCCGGUGGUGCAUCCGCCGUUUUUCCCGAAACCACCGGUACAUCCGCCAUACACACCCAAACCACCAGUACUACCACCAUUUGUCCCGAAGCCGCCGGUUGUAAACCCACCGUACGUACCCAACCCACCUUUCACACCUAAACCUCCGGUGGUGCAUCCGCCAUUUUUCCCGAAACCACCGGUACAGCCGCCAUACACACCCAAACCACCAGUACUACCACCAUAUGUCCCGAAGCCGCCGGUUGUAAACCCACCGUACGUACCCAACCCACCUUUCACACCUAAACCUCCGGUGGUGCAUCCGCCGUUUUUCCCGAAACCACCGGUACAGCCGCCAUACACACCCAAACCACCAGUACUACCACCAUAUGUCCCGAACCCGCCGGUUGUAAACCCACCGUACGUACCCAACCCACCGGUGGUAAACCCGCCGCCAUAUAUUCCCAUCCCACCAAUUGUGAAGCCGCCUCCUAUUAUCCAGCCGCCGUACAUUCCGAACCCUCCCGUAGUCCACCCACCAGUGUUUCCGCCGCCGACAAGUCCUCCUCCAGUGCCCGUGAAGCCUCCCCCGACGGAGAAGCCUUGUCCGCCGCCUCCACCGGCGGCACCGCAAACUUGCCCUGUGGACACUCUAAAACUCGGCGCGUGCGUGGACUUGCUUGGCGGGCUUGUUCACAUUGGUAUCGGAAGCCAAGCAAAGGACACCUGUUGCCCGGUGCUGGAGGGACUAGUGGGCUUAGACGCCGCCGUCUGCCUCUGCACCACCAUUAAAGCCAAGCUUCUCAACAUUAACAUCGUUCUUCCCGUAGCCCUGCAAGUUCUCAUCGACUGUGGCAAGACGCCGCCGGCAGGUUUUCAGUGUCCCGCUGUUUAUUAACGUGGUUGGAGAAUAAUUGGCGGCCGGAAGGCUUUUUUUUGCUUUUGUUUUCAUGGACGAUAUAUAUAAAUAUAUAUGGAGAUUGCAAAAUUUCCAGAAAGAAUAAGACGAGCUUGUUUUCUAAUCAUCCAUGAAAGCACUAGUGUGAGCAAGUAUAUAUGUUUAGGUCGUAUAAUUACAUGCCACAGUCUCUCUCCUCAGGUGUUUGAAAGCUUGAUCUUGGUUUUCCAUGGCUGCCGAUAUGUAAUGUGAGUUUGCAAAGACGAAGGCUUGCAUAAUUUCCAGUGAAUGAUUAACGUGUAUUUUUAAUUGCAUGCUUUUUU